AGAUACCAAGUGAACUCUACGCAUUGAGUUCAUUGUUGAGGAAGGCAUGUCUAAUUCAACAAAGCAUUUAAACGGCUGUGUGUCUUGAUCAAACACAUUAUAUUGGUUGUGGCGGUUCAGGAAAUAGAGGGAAUAAGUUCAGUUUAACAAGGUUUGCUUUCCUCCAGUUUGACAAGUGGGCAGGACACUGGAAAAAAAGAACGAAACUUUGUGAAAACAAAAAAGUCGGUGAGAUUUCUUUAAAGCGUUGGAAGGCAGAAGAAAGCAACCAGGGGAAAGUAAAACCCGAUGUAGUUAUGAUAGUUGAGGCAACCGCAACAGAAGGAGCGCAAUCGGACUCCAACAAACCUGCUCUGCUCGCGACGGCGACAACAGAAGCUGAGGAGACGCACGCGCCGCUCGGCUCUGACUCCGUCAGCUUCGCUGCAGCUCGUCUGUCUGCCUGUUGUCAUGGAGGAGCCAAGAUGGCGGUCCUGGCCUAUAGCCUAGGCAAACGGGAAAUAAAUCAGUAUUUCAGCAUCAAAAAUGCAAAACUGCUGUCUGUCGCCGCCGUCGUCCUUCUCACUGUGUUUCACAUGGCUUCUCGGCAUUAUGGAGGCAGUGACACAUGUGACUGGCUUUUAUCCAGUGGACGUUUUUUAGGGGACAAUGUAUGGCAGCCCUAUGGCUGCAUGCUACACAAGUACAAAAGCACUGAAGCAAAGUUUUGCCUCAGAGAGAAGAGAAUAGCAUUUGUAGGAGACUCUAGAAUACGUCAGCUCUUCUAUUCUUUCAUCAAAAUGAUGAACCCUGAGGUGAAAGAAGAUGGGAACAAGCAUGAAAACAUCCCUUUUGUAGAUGGUGAUUCCACUGUCGACUUCCUGUGGUAUGCUGAAGUGAACAAUUCCUUGAAGGAGCAGUUGAUGUUAUGGACAGAGGGAUCUGCUUCCAAACCACAUGCCAUCAUCAUCGGUGCUGCUACGUGGUCCAUUAAGUUGCACAACGGCAAGAGUGCGGCACUCUUUCAGUACAAAGCGAACCUCACGGCUAUGUCAGACACACUGGAAAAACUAGCAGAGCACAGUGAAGUCUAUUGGGUUCUGCAAGAUCCUGUUUAUGAAGAUGUGCUAAGUGACAGUCGAAAGAUGAUCACAAAUGAGCAGAUAAAUCUGUACAACGAGGCAGCUGUUAGCACUCUGAAUACCAGCAAAAAGAAGGUCAAGUUCUUAGAGGCCUCUCGACAAGCUGCUAUGGAGACCAUUUCCCAGUCGGUGGAUGGCUUGCACCUUCCUGAGAGCACAAGAGAUGUUGGCGCCAUGGUUCUGAUGAACUCCAUGUGCAACAAGAUCCUGAAGCCCGUUGACGGCUCUUGCUGUCAGAGCGCUCCUCCCCUAAGCGUCCUUCAGAAGUUAGCGGCUGGUCUCUUUCUGCUGUCCAUCAUCAUCUUCCUCAUCCUGGGCUAUAGUAGACAUCGUAAGAGCAGACACGUUCCUGAUGUGGAGAGCGGAGAGGAGAAGAAACCCCCCGUUGUUGUGGGUCAACUGAACCCAAAGGGACCUUUACUGGCCAUCUGCAAAAUGAGCCUUAUCAUGUUGUACUUCUACCUGUGUGACAGGGCAGACAUUUUUAUGAAGGAACAGAAAUUCUAUACACAUUCUACCUUUUUCAUCCCUCUCAUCUACAUCAUCGUUCUGGGCAUCUUCUACAGUGAGAACAGCAAAGAGACGAAACUCCUGAACAGAGAGCAAACGGAUGAAUGGAAGGGCUGGAUGCAGCUGGUUAUCCUUAUUUACCACUUUUCUGGAGCUAGCACUUUUAUACCUGUGUACAUGCAUGUCCGUGUCCUGGUAGCUGCGUAUCUCUUCCAAACAGGAUAUGGACACUUCUCGUUCUUCUGGCUGAAGGGAGACUUUGGACUUUACAGAGUGUGUCAGGUUGUCUUCAGGCUUAACUUCCUUGUGGUGGUGCUGUGUCUGGUUAUGGACAGGCCUUAUCAGUUUUAUUACUUUGUGCCUCUUGUCACCUUUUGGUUUGCAGUUAUUUAUGCUACAAUGGCAUUGUGGCCACAGAUUCUUCAGAAGCAAGCCAAUGGUAGUGCAUUCUGGAAUCUGGCACUAUUGUUGAAACUUCUGGGUUUGCUUCUUUUCAUCUGCUUCUUUGCAUACUCACAGGAACUAUUUGAGGCUGUUUUUUCUUUGUGGCCCGUUUCAAAGAUCUUUGAGCUGCAAGGUAGCAUCCAUGAGUGGUGGUUCAGGUGGAAACUAGAUCGAUUUGCCGUGAUCAAUGGGAUGCUCUUUGCCUUCAUAUACCUGAUGCUGCAGAAAUGUCAGCUGCUGUCUGAAGGCAAAGGAGAGCCUCUCUUCUCCAACAAGAUUUCCAGCUGUCUGCUCUUCGUCUCUGUGGUGUCUUUUAUGACGUACUCCAUUUGGGCCAGUGGGUGCAAAAACAAGUCUGAGUGUAAUGAGAUGCAUCCAUACAUUUCAGUCGUCCAGAUUCUGGCUUUCAUUUUGAUCCGGAAUAUUCCUGGUUAUGCUCGCUCUUUGUACAGCUCGUUCUUUGCAUGGUUUGGAAAGAUCUCCUUAGAGCUCUUCAUAUGCCAGUAUCAUAUUUGGCUGGCAGCGGACACCAAGGGCAUCCUGGUCCUCAUUCCUGGAAACCCCACUUUAAACAUUAUCGUCAGCACAUUCAUCUUUGUCUGUGUAGCUCAUGAGAUUUCCCAGAUCACCAAUGACUUGGCCCAGGUGGCCAUUCCUAAAGAGAGCAGGCCUCUACUGAAGAGACUGCUGGGAGCAGGAGUCUUUCUAGUGCUGGUACUGAUACUGUCCCAAAAUGAAUAAUCCAGGGCAAUCAGAGACAGUAGCACACCUUAUCCGCUGAGGAUCCUAAUGGAGCUGUCUGUAUAAAAUAAAGGAACUUGACCAGCCUAGAACAUUUUUUCCUAGGAGUUGAUCCAGGGAAUUCUUACGGCAUGGGUCUGUAUACAAAACUCAAGUUGGAACUGAAGCCAAGGACCUUGGAGCAGAAGCGAUUCAGAUGAUCAAACAAGGAUUCUUAAAGCUGGAUGUUUGCAGUAGACAAAUAACACAUACUGUGUGCAGAUAACAAGUACACCUGUGCUCUGUCCUCUCUCAUAGCUCUGAGAUGUGUUUUAUAUUUAAUAAUUUAUGUUUAUAUUUUAUAGAGGGGUAUGUGUUUGCGUGUCCUCAUUGUCUCCCAUUUCUCAGUUUUUGUACACGAUGCCCAUGACUGCAAAAUGUGAAGGAGUAAUACAUUCCUGCCUCUCACCUUGUAAAUCUGACAGAACUACAUCGGCUUGUGCACCAAAUGUUUCCAUAAAAACCAUAAUUUACAUUCAUAUCACACCAGCAGCUUUAUCCUUUAGGUGAACAACCUCUUGUGAAAAUGAAACCAUUGGAUUAUCGAAAG